AUUAAAAGGCUCAAUACUAAAUACAAACAACUGGCCUUGGAAUUUGUCAGAUCUUACAAUUGGAGACUGGCCAGGUUCCCAAUUUUCAGUUAAGAAUGCAACUGAUUUCUUAAAGACUCAAUUGAUUUUACCUACAGCAGUUCAAACUCCAGUCGAUACUAGCUAUCCUUUCACCUGA